AGCAGCCUAUUUCAGAACAGAGACCAGCAUUUAUUCACUCAGCACAGACAUAUCACUCCGUCGAUGAAACCCAUCCCAACUUGUUUGGAUCACACGGAGAAUAUUUCCACAGCAUUUUGUCAAGGACUGCAGCUGUUUUCUUUUCUUUCUUUCUUUUUUUUUUUUUGUUCUAGAAGCGGUGCGUCGUGGCCGCAGGUUCCUUUUACGCACGGGUCCUAAAAUAAAAGGAUAAUGCCUCGGUCCUUCUUGGUAAAGAAGUAUUUCGCUAAGCAAAAACCAAACUACAGUGAACUGGAAUGUCAGAAUGAUACUUCACUGGAGACCUAUGCUCUUGCUGAGGUCCCGUCAGCAGACAGCACCUCCACCUGCUUCGCCACAGGCCUGGUGUGGGACCUCAGUGUCCUCCCUGCACUCUACCUGCCAUCCGCCCACUCGGAGCCCUCUGGCACCUCGGGGCCCCUGGACCUGAGCUCCCCAUGCAGCCUCAGCAGCAGCGCCAGCAGCAGCGGGGAGGAGGACGAGGGUCGCACCUCGGACCCCCCCAGCCCAGAACCCGUCGUCACGUACGCCCCGCGCCAGAGGAUGAAGUGCACCGGCAUUAUGGCUCACGUCGGCGCCCCCGAGGAAGAGGAGGAAAGAGGAGAGACCCCGGCGACGGCGACCAGGCCCGCUUUCCUCUGCAAACACUGUCCCAAGGAGUACACCAGCUUGGGGGCUCUGAAGAUGCACAUCCGCUCGCACACCCUACCCUGCGUUUGCACCACCUGCGGGAAGGCCUUCUCCAGGCCUUGGCUGCUGCGCGGCCACAUUCGCACGCACACAGGUGAGCGUCCGUUCUCGUGCCCCCACUGCAACAGAGCGUUUGCGGACCGCUCCAACCUGAGGGCCCACCUGCAGACCCACGCCGAGGUGAAGAAGUACCAGUGCGCCGUCUGCUCCCGCACCUUCAGCCGCAUGUCGCUGCUGCAGAAACACAGCUCCUCAGGGUGCUGCUCCACUUUGGGCUGAGGCACCACACGUGCACAGAGGAGACCUACCAGGAGCUCAGAGCCGUGGAAAACUUCUGUGAAGCCCCCUUUUAGAUCAAGAUGCCACAAAGAUCAUGAUAUUGAGACCUGGAGGGAAUCAGACCUCACUGCGGAGCGGGACGUUUUGCUUCUCUGUUCCAUUGUAAAACAGUUCAGAAGCAUUUUUUUGUUUUGUUUUUUACUUUCUUCUAUUGUUGACAGAGUUUUAUGGGCUGGACCAUCCGAACUGAGCAAAACUCACUUGAGUUUGGCGCCUUCGUUGCCAUUUUGUGCCCAUUCCAAACUACACAUAACUUGAACCCGUUGGGGUAAGAAGCGUUUCCUCCCGUCUUCGCCCUGGUGCUGGUCAGCUCAGGAUCAUGGCCUGUUCGCAGCUGCUCAGAGGUAGGGGUGCGUGGGUGGGAUAAAUCCCCUCGGCGCGUCUCAGAGCGCACACACUAGUGCGCACACAAAAGCAAAUGCACACACAGCUGUCCAUGGUACUGUGGUGCAGAUAGAUGAGGUGCUAACAGGUGCUGCAGCCAUGACCUUCGCUGGCUGAUAGCAGGUGACUUCCAGCGUCCUUGGUUUGCUUAAGGAAAAUGAGGAAGCAUGUCAUCACAGAAGAAUGGCACCGGUUAAUGUUUUUUUUUUUUUCUCCCCUCCUUCUUUUACUGAUGUGGAUCGUUGUAAGCCUCUGUUUUGACUAAAACCAGAACCUCUGCCUUAAUCUGAUGGGUUUCAGAGAUAGGAAAAGCCAUUCUGCUGUUUUCCAAAGAAAAUUCAGCGUGCAGCUCUCCUGCAGCGUGUAUAAAAGUGAAAGCCGUGCACUUGAGGUUACUACAGUGUUAAUGAUACCAGCCAAAGCCAUAUGACUCAAAUGAAUGUGCCUUGAAAUUGUAUUAUUCGUACAACCAAAGUGUGCCUUUUUUUUUUUUUUUACCUCGUUUAGCUGAUGUGGCUUUAAAUCCGGAUUUCAGUAUUAACAGAAAACUUAAGUUUAGAGCUGUCAGGAGGCUUGGACCAAAGAUGUUUUAACAGUUUACACCACGGAGAUGGGUUGCCUGACAUGUGAUGAAAGCCAUAGAAAUGGACCAUACAGAGAAGAAUUUCUAACGUUCCUGAAUAUUUUACGGCUGUGUUAUUUAGUGCAAUGUGCAAAUGACGUGUUUUUUGUUUUUUUUUUCUACUAUGCCUGUGUGUUCGCCUUUAAUUCCUGUACGUCGUAAAAUGAUGCAUUUUCAUUCAAUAAAGUAAUUUAUGUUUAUUAAAA